AUGGCUGCCGCUGAUCCUGCUCCAGCGCUAGUGGCUCUGGACAAUGCGAUCGCGCAGAUCGACCUCCUCAUCUCCCGCCUCACCCCGUCGUCCGCCUCCUCAGCUGACGUUCCCGUUGCCGCUCAGCCGAAAGCUUCAGUAGCUGAAAGCAAUGGCGAGAAGCAGUCGUCAGAAAAAGGGAAAGCAAAAGCUGCGAAACCAGCGCAAUCAUCAGCUGCUCCAGCGUCAGCGGGGGAGAGCGUAGAGAAUUUCGACAAAUGCGACAUCAGGGUGGCGCGGGUGCAGGCAGUGGAGCCCCACCCGGUGGCGGAGAAGCUUUACGUCUGCCAGGUGGAGGUUGCGCCGGGGGAGGUCCGCCAGGUGGUGGCUGGUCUGAAGAAGUUCAUCUCGCAGGAGGAGCUGCAGGGGCGGCUGGUGUGUGCCGUGUGCAACCUCAAGCCCGCCAAGCUGGCCGGCCAGCCCAGCCAAGCCAUGAUGCUCGCUGGCUCGCACCCCUCUGCUGAGGCUGAGGCCGGGGAGGUUGUCAAGCUCAUUGAUCCGCCCCAAGAUGCAGCAGUUGGUGAUCGAGUCUGCAUCCAGGGCCGACCUGCGAGUGCAGCCCCGGUGAAGCAGCUCAGCUCCAAAGUGUGGGAGAAGGUGGCAGGGCUGCUUCGGGUGCAAGGAGGAGCUGCUAUGUUUGAUGGGCAGGCUCUGGUCACAGGGGCGGGCGGAGGCAUCACUAAUGGCCGUUCGCUCGCCGUGACUGCGCGGUUCAGUCGGGACCGAUCCGACGAGCGGCGAAGGGGGAAUGCCACUGUUAGAGACGACUUAGCUCCAGGGGUGAGCCGGGCUCGGAGAGAAAAUGGGGAAUGGAGUGAGAGCGAGAGGCGUUUUGCUGGUGAGAGCAGGGGGAGGGGAGAGGGAGAAGAUCAGAGGAGUACGGUGAGGGGAGAUGGUGGAAGAGUUGGUCCCGAAAUGGGUGGUGAUUAUAGGCGGAGUGCGUAUAGAGGGGUGGAGAGCGAUGGAGGGGAAGGUCGUUGGGGGGGCAGAGGAAGGGGUGGUUUAAGCGGGAGAGAGCGAGGGGAGAGGGACAAGGGGGGACAGGCGCGGGAGGGUUCAGGGUUCGGGGACAGAGGGGGGUUUAGCGAUGGCGAUGGCGAUGAGAGGGUUCGUUAUAAGGAGGACCGAUAUGCGUAUGGAAGUGCGGGUCGAGAGGGGUAUGGGAGGGAGCGAGGAGUUAGGGGAUAUGGAAGGGGAGAAGGGUUGAUGGGGAUUGAUGAGGCAAGGAGAAGCGGGAACGAGAGGCGAGAGGCGUAUGGGGAUGAAAGGGAGCGGUUCCCAAAGGGUUCAGAGCGGUACCAGGGGGUAAGAGAGCGGUACUCUGGGUAUGGCAGGGAGAGUGGGGGGCGAGGAGGCGGAGAGGGAGAGAGGGUGUAUGGGGGAAGGGGUGGGCGGAGGAUUGAGGAACGGUGGGGCGAAUCAGGGGAGAGUGGGGUUGAGCGGAGCGAGAGGUCGGGGGAUGGAAGGAGAGAAGGGGGAGGUGGGGAAGGGAGGAGGGGUUAUGGGGAGAGAGAGGGGGUCGAUUAUGGGAGGAGAGAUAGGGGCGGUUAUGGGGGGACAGAGAGGGCGGGAUAUGGAAGGGGGGACAGGGGCGGGUAUGGUGGAAGGGGCAGAGGGUCGUAUGGGGGGAGCGAGAGGAGUGUUUAUGGGGGGAGCGAGAGGAGUGGUUAUGCGGGAAGGGAGAGGAGUGAGUAUGGGGGAAGGGAGAGGAGUGAGUAUGGGGGAAGGGAGAGGAGUGAGUAUGGGGGAAGUGAGAGGAGUGAGUAUGAGGGAAGGGAGAGGAGUGAGUAUGAGGGAAGGGAGAGGAAUGAGUAUGGAGGGAGGGAAAAGGGUGACUAUGGAGGGAGGGAGCGGAGCGAGUAUGGAGGCAGGGAGAUGGGCGGAUUAGAAGAAAGAGGGAGGGAGGGGUACAGGGGAAGAGAGAGGGAUGAUAAUGGGGUGAGAGGGAGAGGUAGGGGGGAUUAUCGGGAAAGAGGGAGGGGCGACUAUGGGAGUACAGGGAGGGGCGACUUUGGCAGGAGAGGAAGGGGUGGUUACGGGGGAAGAGGGAGGAGUGACAGUGGCAGGAGAGCAGAUACGCAGUCAGACUUCCAUCGCCGUCCUCGCGAAGAGGAACGAGGGUGGGGGAGGGAGAGGCUUGAGGGACAGCAGCAGGAGAGGAUGUCAGAUGUCAAGGCGAAUGGAGUGCAGGAGGGGUAUCUGUCAACGGAUAGGGACUCACAAGGGGAUGGGCAUUGGCCCAAAGAGGGGCAUUUACCGACAGAGGGGGUGAUUAGACUUAUGAAUGUGGAUGUGCCGUUGCAUGCCGACCCUGGCAAGGAUGACGUGGCAGUGAGUGAGGGGCUGGUGCGGGCGGCAGCUAUGGCGCUGCACGUGCGGGCGGAGCACCUGCCCUCGUCUGCUCUCACGGUCGUGCGCAAGUCCUUUGAUGCCCGCAAGGCCCCUGUUUUCGCCUAUGCCAUUGACAUCGAUGCAGCAGCGCUAGCGCAGGCCUUCACGCUCUCAGCCACGCCCCCUCGCAAGCGCAGAGACGUGGCCCUUAAAGCCCAGGUCGUGUUGCCUGAACCGCCCUUCAGCCUUCUCGCUGCCCGCACCCCUGCUGCUGCGCCCCCUGCUGCUCCACCUGUUGCUGCCCCUGCUGCUGCUGCUUCCGCUGCUGAUGGUGCUGGUGCUUAUACCAGCAGCAGCACAGGUGCUUAUACCAGCAGCAGCACAGGUGCUCCCACUGGAGCAGGGGGGGCGAAAGGCAAGCCACCGAGAGAGCGAACGCGCAACGUAGUGGUGGGGAUGGGUCCAGCGGGGUUGCUGGCAGCUCUCGUACUGGCAGAAGCAGGCGAGCAGGUGACAGUGGUGGAGCGGGGUCAGCCCGUGGAGGAGCGAGGGCGGGACAUCGGCGCUCUAGCCGUGCGCCAUGUGCUCAACCCAGACAGCAACUUCUGCUAUGGGGAGGGUGGGGCUGGGACGUGGAGUGACGGCAAGCUGACGACUAGGAUCGGGAAGAAUAGUCAAGAUGUUAGGGAGGUGCUGAAUGUUCUGGUGAGGCUGGGUGCUCCCGAACGUAUUCUUGUGGACGGGCGCCCGCACCUCGGCACCGACAGGCUCGUGCGCAUCCUGCAGCAGUUCCGGGCCUAUUUGUUAGGUUUGGGCGUGGAGAUCAGGUUCGGAACGGUGGUGGAGGAUCUGGAGGUUCGGAACGGGCGGGUGGCGGGGGCGCGAGUGAGGCCGGCUGGGAGUGCGGUGGGAAGCGGUGCAGAGGGGCGGAGUGUGAUAGCAGCGGAUAGGGUGCUGCUGGGGGUGGGGCACUCAGCAAGGGCGGUGUUUGACAUGCUGCUGUCUCACAACGUGCUGCUCUCCCCAAAGGACUUUGCAGUAGGCUUUCGUAUCGAGCAUCCCCAGCAAGAGAUCAACGCCAUCCGGGACUUUGCAGUAGGCUUUCGUAUCGAGCAUCCCCAGCAAGAGAUCAACGCCAUCCGGUACCGGCGUUGGCAGGGCAGCAUGGACGUGGAGGCGGCAGUGGCGCGCGGCAAGGGACCCAUCCCUGUAGCCGACUACUCCCUCGCCGGCCAGUUCUCCCUUACUGGCGGCACCACUAGCAGUAGCAGCACUGGCAGCAGUGAUAGCAGUGGCAGUGGGCAGCAGGGGCGCAGCUGCUACUCGUUCUGCAUGUGUCCGGGAGGGCAGGUGGUGUGCACGAGUGUGACAGCAGACGAGCUCUGCCUCAACGGCAUGUCCUUCUCCAACCGCUCCUCCCUCUGGGCCAACGCGGCCCUCGUCUCUUCCGUGUCUGCUGCUGGUGGCGACUUUGACGAGUUCACAAGGGAGCACGGCGCCCUUGCAGGCAUGGAAUACCAGAGGGCAAUCGAGCGGCAGGCAGCCGUGAUGGGAGGUGGCAACUUCGUGGCACCAGUGCAACGCGCCUCUGACUUCCUUCGAGGGUCUCUCUCCCCUGUCGAUCGCAUCGAGAGCGACAUUAAGGCGAUCCUCCCUUCCAAAUCUUCCCACCGUCCUUCCUCCCUGCUCACCGCAACCAUUCCCACCGUCCUUCCUCCCUGCUCACCGCAACCAUUCCCACCGUCCUUCCUCCCUGCUCACCGCAACCAUUGCCUGGGAGUGGCGCCCAGCUUGGCUGGAUCAUCUCGGUAUCUCCCCGCCUUUCCCGUUUUCCCAUCUCCCUGCCUCUCUAACCUUCCACCCUUCACCCACCAGAUGCCUGGAUUCAUCUCCCCACACGCCCUGCUACAUGCUGCCGAGACGCGCACGAGCUGUCCAGUGCGCGUGGAGAGGGGGGCAGAGAGCUAUGAGAGUGUGUCACUGCCAGGGCUGUACCCGAUAGGCGAGGGGGCGGGGUACGCAGGGGGCAUUGUGAGCGCUGCAGUGGAUGGCAUGUUGGCUGCUCGAGCCAUCCUCCGCACCACUGCUGCUGCUUCUUCUGAACUGACUGAAAAGUAA